UGUUAAAUGCGUGGGGGGCGGAAGGUCUUCCCAAUGGAGAGCUUGCUUCUGCUCGUGAAACUUUUCUCAGCAAAGACUGCAUGCACGCCUUCCAUGCCUUUUCUUCUUUAGGCUUCAGCAGAAUCGUUAUAAAUCCUGCUUCAUUUUCAUUCUCAGUGCGUAAGGAGUCGUAGAGAGAAAGAGAGAGAAGAUAGAUGAUAUAGAGGGAAAGAGCAUGGACAGUGUGGAGAGUCUAAGUGAAGUGCAUGAAGAUGACGACCAUGCCAGAACCGGGACGGUCUGGACAGCAACUGCUCACAUAAUAACGGCAGUGAUAGGGGCAGGGGUGCUUGCUCUGCCGUGGAGUGUGGCUCAGCUGGGUUGGGUCAUCGGCCCUCUCGUUCUUCUGGCCUUUGCCUGGGUCACCUACUACACAGCCAUCCUCCUAUGCGACUGCUACAGGUGCCCCGACAAGACCACUGGCCGGAGAAAUUCUAAUUACAUGGAGGCUGUGAGUGCAAUCCUAGGGGGAAAGCAAAAGCUGCUAUGUGGAGUUGCUCAGCAAGCAAAUCUAUGGGGGGCCAUGAUCGGAUACACUAUCACAACCGCUACUAGUAUGAUGGCAGUGAAGAAAUCCAACUGUUUACAUAAACAUGGCCACAAAGCAAAUUGCCGGAUGUCUGGAAACUCCUAUAUGAUAAUUUUUGGGUUGGUUGAGGUCAUACUGGCUCAACUUCCUAACCUGGAGAAGGUCACAGUACUAUCAGUUAUUGCUGCAAUCAUGUCAUUUGCAUACUCUCUCAUUGGCCUUGGCCUUUGCAUUGCGAAAGUUGCAGGCGAUGGCAACCUCAAAGGAACUUUAACUGGAGUUGGGGUUGGCUCCAAUGGUGUUACUGCAGCAACAAAGACAUGGAAUGCCUUCCAAGCCUUGGGAAACAUUGCUUUUGCAUACACAUUUGCUCCUCUGCUGGUUGAAAUACAGGAUACGCUGAGAUCACCCCCACCUGAGAAUCAAUCCAUGAAGAAAGCUACCCUCUAUGGGAUAGGUGCAACAUCAGUUUUUUAUGUAACUCUGGGCUGCAUAGGCUAUGCCGCCUUUGGAAAUUCUUCCCCAGGAAACUUUCUUACUGGCUUCGGUUUCUAUGAACCAUACUGGCUAGUUGACAUUGGCAACAUCUGCAUUGUCAUCCAUCUUGUUGGUGCUUACCAGGUAUUUGGUCAACCAGUUUUUGCUCUGUUGGAGAAGUGGGUAGCAUCAACUUGGCCUAGAUCAAGCAUCUCGAGCAAGCUUUACAAGAUCAAUUUGCCAGGUACUAAAACUUGCGUACAGUUUACGCUGGCGAGGCUGACCAUCCGCACAUUUAUUGUUAUGCUUAUGACAGUUGUGGCCAUGAUCCUGCCAUUUUUCAAUGCAAUCAUGGGAUUGCUUGGAGCCAUCAUCUUUUGGCCAUUGACAGUGAGGUUCCCAGUAUCAAUGUACAUAGCUCGAGAGAAGAUCAAGAUGGGGACAUUCGAGUGGUACAGGUUGCAGAUUUUGAGCAUGGUCACCUUGGUUGUCUCCUUACUUGCAGCUGUUGGGUCAGUAGCGGGUCUACUGGAUAGCCUCAAGCAUUCUGCUCCUUUUAAGAGCUAUUACUAGAGAUCCAAGCCUCCUGAAGCUUCUGCAACUCUGUUCUGACUUGGUAGUAUGGUGUAUCAUGGUGCUUGAUUCGAGGGAUUCUUGUGAUUCAAAGUUCUGUCCAGUAAAGCAUUUUAGUUGCAUUUUCAAGAGAUGUUGAGGGCUUGAAGUCCAUUGAAUACUAAAUUUUUAGUGGAUGCUUUCUUGAACGUGGAAAAUAUGACAUGAAAAGAAAGUUAUGCGUGUCUAAACUCUAAACUCUUCAAAUGAAAAUUUUACUUUUGGUUGAGUAAA